CAGACCAGGCAGCUGAGACCAGCACAGUCUCCCUCCUUCACAUCUGUCAACAUACCUGACUGCGAGGAAGUCCCAGCUGGUGACCGCUGUCUGCAGGGGCCAGGGAAAGCAGGAAAGCAAAUGGAGGGGAACACCUUGAUUUGGUGCUUGAGGAGAAGUGAAAGCCUGUGUUGAUGCUUCUUACCAACGUCCCAAACUCUUGAGCGAGGAUUGGAACAGUCGUGGGCCACCACUGCAGAGUCAAGACGGAAUCUGAGAGGAGAAUCCAGAUUCUAAAACAGCAGUCAAGUUUGCAGAUGAGGAAACGAGUCCCAGACGUCAGGCAGUAGGAAGCAUCCAGGAAAAAGGAUCGAUCCAGAAGUCACUUAGGCUUUCAGCUGCCUGUAGAAGGAGAGAGAAGUGUAUUCGGGUUCAGAUACAGGCCGGCAUGGAUCCCAGUUUCUCUUCUGAGAUUCAGCAGAAGUUCCUGAUGGAGGAAGGCAAUACCCAGAGAGAGGAGCCUGAGCAGGAGGGAGCUGACAAAAUGGCUACCGAUUCCGACAAGAUCAUGGCAGAGCACAGCCACAAGCAGAAGCCGCUCGAUUUACAGAAUGGUAGCUUAGAGGCCAGCUUUGUGGCAAAUUCCCUCGAGGACAAUUCCCCAAACAUGAUGGAGAGCCUGAGCCCAAAGAAAUAUUCCUCCAGCCUGAGGUUUAAAGCCAAUGGAGACUAUUCGGGCUCUUACUUAACCCUAUCACAACCUGUGGCUGCUAAGAGAAGCCCUUCCCCUCUGGGAUCCAAUGUCAGGAGCAGCCCCUCACUGGCCAAAAUCCAGGGAAGCAGGCAGUUCUCCUGUGAUGGAACUGACAAAAGUAUUUCCGUGAAACCGCCCACCCCUCUCCUCAGCACUUCCCCCUCCCUCAGUGGGUACCCACUUGGGAGAGCGGACUUUGAUCAUUAUAUUGGCCGGGACAGCGAAAGGUCCUUGAGGCUCGCAGAGAAGCCUCCCUAUUCCAAAUACAGCUUAAGGAAUAAAUCCCAUGACAAUGUCUACUUUCUCGGGGGGCUGGAAGGCCGAAAGGUGUCCGGCUCACUCCUGACCAUGUGGAAUGGAAGUUCCCUGAGCGACACUAGCCCCUCUCCCAUCAGCAGAUCGGGGGCGGCAAGCAUGCCUUCAAGCCCAAAGCAAGCCAGGAAAAUGAGCAUCCAGGACAACCUGACCCUUCAGCCCAAGCUGAGCCGACACAAGGAGCCGGCCUCUGAAAACAUCGGUUUAAGAACCAGGAAGUAUUCGGGCAGCAGCCUGAGUCACAUGGGAGCCUACAGCCGCUCUCUCCCCAGGUUACACAGGGCCACCGACAACCAGCUGACGCCCCUCAGUUUGCCUCCCAGAAACUCUCUGGGCAAUUCCAAACGAACAAAACUGGGGGAAAAGGAUCUACCUCAUAGCAUCAUAGACAACGACAAUUACCUGAAUUUUUCUUCUUUGAGCUCAGGGGCUUUACCCUAUAAACCCUCCGCAUCGGAGGGGCAUCCUUACGUCAGUUCCACCCUCAGUGUCCCUGCCAGUCCUCGAGUGGCUCGGAAGAUGCUUCUGGCCUCCACCUCCUCCUGCACCUCUGAUGACCUUGACAGGGCUCCCUACUCUGGGCCCGGCCCAGGGCACUCGUUUCCUCCCGGGGACACGUUCGCUGCCAGGAGGAACUUCUCCUGUGGGUCUGUCGAGUUCGAUGAUGCCGACCUGGAGAGCCUCCGACAGGCCUCAGGAACUCCCCAGCCCAUCCUCCGGGAAAGGAAAAGCAGCAUCAGCUCCAUUUCCAGCCGCGAUGACCUGAUGGACUAUCACCGGCGGCAGAGGGAGGAGAGACUCAGGGAGCAGGAGAUGGAGCGACUGGAGAGACAGCGCCUGGAGACGAUCCUCAGUCUCUGUGCUGAAUACACGAAGCCUGACAGUCACUUGUCCACCGGCACCACCGUAGCCGAUGUGCAGAAGAUCAACAAGGAGCUUGAGAAGCUGCAGCUGUCUGACGAGGAGUCCGUGUUUGAGGAAACCAUGGUGAGCCCUGACGCCAGGUACAGGUGCCACCCGAAAGGCUCUCUGCACGAUGCCGAUUCGGCGGUCUUCGGGAGCGUUGGGCAGAGUGGUGCCGGCUUCCUUUCCCCCAGGAGCAUCAGGAAUGAUGAGCUGCUCAGGGACCUCACGCCUGCCUUCCUGAAAACAUCCAGCGAGUCUGCUUAUCUUAGUAUCCUACCCAAGACCCCUGAGGGUAUAAACGAAGAACAAAGGAUUCAGGAGUUGGCUGCAAUGGAAGAGACCCGGAUAGCAAUUUUGAAUAACCUCGAGGAACUUGAACAAAAAAUCAAAGAUAUCAAUGACCAGAUGGAUGAAUCUUCCAGAGAGUUGGAUAUGGAAUGUGCUCUUUUGGAUGGAGAACAGAAAUCCGAAACAACUGAACUUAUGAAAGAGAAGGAAAUUUUGGAUCAUCUAAAUAGGAAAAUAGCAGAACUGGAAAAGAACAUCGUUGGUGAAAAGACCAAGGAGAAGGUAAAGCUUGAUGCUGAAAGGGAAAAACUAGAGAGGCUUCAGGAGCUUUACUCCGAGCAGAAGACCCAGCUGGACAAUUGUCCUGAGUCCAUGAGGGAACAAUUACAACAACAACUGAAGAGGGAUGCCGACCUGUUGGACGUGGAGAGCAAACACUUUGAAGACUUGGAAUUCCAGCAGCUUGAGCGUGAGAGCCGUCUGGAUGAGGAGAAGGAGAACCUGACCCAACAGCUCCUACGUGAAGUAGCUGAGUAUCAGCGGAACAUUGUGACUCGAAAGGAAAAAAUUUCUGCAUUGAAAAAGCAAGCCAAUCACAUUGUCCAGCAGGCUCAGAGAGAACAAGAUCAUUUUGUGAAAGAAAAGAAUAAUUUAAUAAUGAUGUUACAGAGAGAAAAGGAAAAUCUUUGUAAUUUGGAAAAGAAAUACUCCAGCCUCUCUGGGGGAAAAGGGUUUCCUGUCAACCCCAGUACUCUGAAAGAGGGCUAUAUCAGUGUAAAUGAAAUUAAUGAGCCAUGUGUCAAUUCCACGAAUCUGUCCCCUUCCACUCAGUUCCCCGCUGACGCUGACGCUGUUGCCACUGGGCCUACCACAGCUGUGCUGGUGAGCCAGCCACAAAAUAAAGAGCAAAGAUCACCUGUCUGUUCUGGAUUUAUGUUUCCUUCCACCCUCUCUCCUCAUCCUGUCACUCAACCUCCAUCAGCCCCUUGGCCCGAAGUCCUGGCUCCGUCUGUCGAUCCUUUCCCAUUAAAUGACACACCUCCUCCUCUACCAGCUAAGAAACACAGAAGGCAGCGGCAGCAGCAGAAACAACAGCAUUUUAGAAGUCUGGAAGAAAGGAAAAAACAGCAUAAAGAAGGCCUCUAUCUGAGUGACACUUUGCCUCGAAAGAAAACCACACCUUCCAUAUCCCCACAUUUCAGCAGUGCUACUAUGGGGAGAAGCACCGCCCCAAAGGCUCACCUGCCCCUGGGACAGAGCAACAGCUGUGGCAGCGUCCUCCCUCCCUCGCUGGCAACCAUGACCAAAGACUCAGACUCUCGGAGGACGCUCAGAGGAAAGUCCAAGAAAGGAAGAAUGAAUUUCUCAGCAGGAGCGAUUAGUAAUUCCAAAAAUUCAAGUAUCAAAGCCACUAGCAAGCAAGCCAGAGCAACAACACGAAGUAAAGCCAGUGAUCUAACAGGCCAGUUGAGCAAGUACCAAGGGUAUAAUCACCAACAGAUGAGUGAAGGACAAAGGCAGAAAUCUUCUGACUUUUACAACCGCACAGCCUCUGAAUCGAAUGUCUACUUGAACAGUUUCCACUACCCCGACCACAGCUACAAGGACCAGGCCUUUGACACGCUGAGCCUAGACAGCUCCGACAGCAUGGAAACCAGCAUCUCUGCCUGCUCACCUGACAAUAUCUCUAGUGCCAGCACGUCAAAUAUUGCCAGGAUAGAAGAAAUGGAGAGACUUUUGAAGCAGGCUCAUGCAGAGAAGACCCGGCUGCUUGAGUCCAGGGAACGGGAAAUGGAAGCCAAGAAACGAGCUCUGGAAGAAGAAAAACGACGCCGAGAACUUCUGGAAAAACGAUUGCAGGAAGAAACUAGCCAGCGGCAGAAGUUAAUUGAAAAGGAAGUAAAAAUAAGGGAGAAACAGAGGGCACAGGCUCGACCUCUGACACGCUAUCUGCCUGUCCGGAAAGAAGACUUUGAUUUGCGAAGCCAUGUAGAGACUGCUGGCCACAAUAUUGAUACAUGUUAUCAUGUGUCAAUCACAGAGAAGACCUGCCGAGGAUUUCUUAUCAAAAUGGGUGGAAAAAUUAAAACUUGGAAAAAACGAUGGUUUGUUUUUGAUCGGAACAAGCGCACUUUCUCUUAUUAUGCAGACAAGCAUGAAGCUAAAUUAAAAGGAGUGAUAUACUUCCAAGCCAUUGAAGAAGUGUAUUAUGAUCACCUCAAGAACGCUAAUAAGAGCCCUAACCCACUACUCACCUUCAGCGUCAAGACGCACGACAGAAUCUACUACAUGGUCGCGCCGUCGCCGGAAGCCAUGCGGAUCUGGAUGGAUGUGAUCGUCACCGGCGCGGAAGGAUACACGCACUUCCUGUUGUAGGGCCCCGGGCGGCACCGCCCACAGCAGGGCCGACUGCAGUCAUCCACCAGAACGAAGCCAUAUUCCAUCCCAGACCGGAGGACCCGGCGCACGCAUCCCUCUCGCUCUGUAUACUCAGAACUCCUUUUAUAGUAACAGGAAGUCAUUUAUAAAAGAGAAGAAAAGGGGUUUACAUCCAAAGCGGGAUGAUAAGUAGCAAAAGGAUUGAAGCACCUAUGAGAAAAAAAAAACAAAAAACAAAAA